AUGGGCAACUCAUUAUGGAUAUGGAUUCUGAAUUAUAAAGUACAAGUUCAAACAAGCGAUGGUUAUACAUUUCCACUGUGCUGUCAUGAUUUAGUCGAUCAUAUCAUAUUACUUCGUCAAGGAAUUGCACAUCCAGAAAUGACGGCACAAGGACAAAUAUUAAAUUAUUUUGUUAAUGAAUAUUGUAAACUCAUGACUGCAAACAAGAUGACAUCACAAUGGCAACAAGUCGAAUUACUCUGGGAAAUUGAGUGGAUCUGGCAUGUGUAUCGUCUUCAUGCGAUCAGUUAUAGUCAUGAUUGCAUUACAUAA